UGGAGCGGGUGGGGAGUAGGAAGUUGGCCUGGCCUGGGUCCCUGGGGAGCAGGCGGCGCUGGGUGAGCGGAAGGAAGAUCCGGAGCUGGUGCGGCCGCGGGCCCGAAAACGCCCCCUCUUAAAGCAUCUUCUGGUGGCACUAUCAGAAAUGUCUUCCUUAAGUGGGAAAGUGCAAACGGUUUUAGGCCUUGUGGAGCCAAACACACUAGGUCGCACCUUGACCCAUGAGCAUUUGACAAUGACCUUUGACUGCUUUUACUGUCCACCUCCUCUUUGCUAUGAAGCUAUCUCUAAGGAGCCUAUCGUGAUGAAAAACUUAUUUUGGAUUCAGAAAAACCCCUAUUCUCAUAAAGAGAACCUUCAGUUGAAUCAGGAGACAGAAGCCAUAAGAGAAGAAUUGUUGUAUUUCAAAGCUAAGGGAGGAGGGGCCUUGGUGGAGAACACCACCAGUGGACUUAGCAGGGAUGUCCGGACACUGAAGUGGCUGGCAGAGCAGACAGGAGUCCACAUCAUAGCCGGAGCUGGCUUUUAUGUGGAUGCAACUCACUCUGCAGAGACCAGGGCCAUGUCCACAGAACAGCUCACAGAUGUCAUUGUUAAUGAAGUUCUCCAUGGAGCAGAUGGAACCAGUAUCAAGUGUGGCAUUAUUGGAGAAAUUGGCUGUUCCUGGCCUUUGACUGAGAAUGAGAAAAAGGUGCUUCAAGCCACAGCUCAAGCCCAGGCUCAGCUUGGCUGUCCCGUUACUAUCCAUCCUGGACGGAGCCCAGCCUCACCUUUUCAAAUUAUACGCAUAUUGCAAGAAGCAGGUGCAGACAUUUCUAAAACAGUUAUGUCCCAUCUUGAUCGGUCUAUAUUUAAUAAGAAGGAGUUGCUGGAAUUUGCUCAACUUGGCUGCUACUUGGAGUAUGAUCUCUUUGGUACUGAACUUCUUAACUACCAGCUCAACAUGGAUAUUGAUAUGCCUGAUGAUAACAAAAGAAUUAGAAGGGUGCGUUUCCUGGUGGAUGAAGGAUAUGAAGAUCGAAUUCUGAUAGCACACGACAUACACACAAAGCAUCGAUUGAUGAAGUAUGGAGGUCACGGCUAUUCUCACAUACUCACCAACAUUGUUCCUAAAAUGUUACUUAGAGGUAUAACUGAGAGUGUACUUGACAAGAUACUGAUAGAAAACCCUAAGCGAUGGCUGACUUUUAAAUAGCAUGGUUGUGUAUGAAUUUAUAUGUGGAGUAUCAAAUUUGCAGAGAAUACUCAGUGAUUUCAAAUCCACUGUGACACAUUAACCAGAGCUACUUGGACUAAUGAGUGAUUACUUCCUUCCUGUGAGAAAGAGAGGAGUUUGCCAUAUCUGAAACUGACAUUUGCCUUAACAAAAUAAAUCCAGAAGUGUGUAUUUCAGAACAAGGCCGGCAAGUCUAUAUCCCGUAAGAGCAGUGGGGGGUGUGUGGCUGGGGAUGACACUCCUUUGUUCUCUGACUCUGAGAUGCAACACUUAAGAAAAUGGAAAGGGUUUCUAGUUAAGUUGCCCCCUUCUGGAGCAACCUAAUGUUUCUUGUAAUAUUGAUGAUCCUACUAAUUAUCCUGCUGUUCUGUAACUAAUGCUUAAUGAAUAAUAUGGCUCUUUGAAACAGCUUUUCAACAAUGGAAGUUAAAUUUUGAGGGGUGUCUUCAAAGAAUACUGUAAUAAACUCACCAAUUCACAAGAACAAAAAUGACUUGGGAAAUUAAUUAUCUGUUUUCUACCUAUAUCUGUGUACUUAUAAUGAGUCAGCUUUGAUGCCUAUGACCAUUUGGUAUCCAUUUUUGCUGUCAACUUUUUGUUGCAAAUUCUACAUAAGAACAUAUAACAAUACUUAAUUAUAAAAAUUCAAUCACAAAAGUCAAAAUAUAUUACAUAAUAUAGUUUAAUGAAUCAUUACAUUUAUAAUAACAAAGGCCACAGUUUAAUUAAUUCAUAAUAUGUAAUGCAAAAAAUGAGAAAAGUUUGCCUUGUAUGUUUUCCCUUUAUUUCAUUUACCAUUUGUUUGUUUUUCCUGGGGUCUAAAGAGAAGGUUAGAUCUUUUUGGAAAUGAUAGUCAGAUUCUAAAGACUGUUCUUUAAAAUAUAUCCAGCCAUGAUAUUUUGUACAAAUAAAGCCUUUUAAAAACUCAUGGUUAAAA